CUCGGUCGGCCACCGACGCGUCUUCUGUCCCGCUCGCAUGUCCAGCUCCGUUGAAGCCGACGGCGUCUGCCAGGACGCGAACGGCUACAUCUGCCCACCGUGCUUAAUUUUCUACCCGACCGCCGCUGAAUUUGAAAAUCCAUUGCACUACAUUGCGAGCAUCCGCGACGAGGGCCGCAAGACUGGUAUCUGCAAGAUCGUGCCGCCCAAAGGCUGGCGCCCGCCUUUCGCCGUGAAUGAAAAAAAAUUCCGCUUCCGCACGCGGCUCCAACCGCUCUACUGCAUCGAGGGCAACGCACGCGAGGAAGGCCAGUUCCUCGAGGCCCUGCGCAUGUUUCACUACCGUCGCGGCGCACCGAUGCACGACCUGCCGUCGAUCGACGGCAAGCCCGUGCCGUUCCAGCUGCUCUACCGAAGUGUCUCGGAGCUCGGCGGCUUUGUAGCGGUCGAGACGGACCAGCAGUGGCCGGCCGUGAUUGCGAAUCUCAAUGCGCUCUCGACGCUGCGCAUUCCGCUGGCCUCGAGCAACCUCGUUCGCGACCUCUACCACGCUUACCUCCUGAGCUACGAAGAGCACGAGAAGUCAUCGACGACAGACGACGCCAAGGCCAUCUCGGCGCCCGCGACGCCGUUGCACACACCGGCGCAGACUCCGGCGCAGACGCCUGCGCAGACGCCGUCGACGCAAGACGACGACGAAGAGGGCUCGCCGCAGAUCGUCAUGAAGAAGCGUGGUCGCGGCCGGCCACGCAAGGCGGAGACCGCGCCGUCGACGCCCCAAAAGCCGACGAGUUCGGACGCGAGCAGUCCGCCGGCCAUCUUCCCAGGCUUGAUCAAGCGCGGUCGCGGCCGGCCUCGAAAGAACCAAACCGGUCCUCGCAUUGUCAUGCCGGACGAGCAAGAGCCGGUGCCGCCGUCGCAGCUCGAGCCGUCGGGUCUCUUCUCGGACCCGACGCGCACCGAGCGCCUGUCGCCGCCCAUUGUCCGAUUGCAGCAAAAGUUUUACCGUGCGUUCCAGACCGCCGAGCCGCUGCUGGGCGAAGUCAAGCGCGUCAUGGGCGGCAAGAAGCCGUCCGUCGCGAUCGAGUAUGCGAACGGCGCGAAGGACAGCGUGUCGUACGCGACGAUGCAGUUUAUCCUAGCCAACGGCAGCGACCCCGCCUCGGCCAAGCUGGCGCUCUCGGAGGAAGUUUGCCAGAUCUGCCUCCGCGCCGACUGCCGCGACCGGAUGCUGCUUUGCGACGGCUGCAACGGCGGGUACCAUGCGUUCUGCAUCGCACCGCCGCUCUCGGCCAUGCCCCAAGGCGACUGGUUCUGCGAGUCGUGCAUGAACGAGAAGGCGGCGACGACGUCGACCAACCAAAAGUUCGGCUUUGAGACCGGCCCCGAGUACACGCUCGCGGCGUUCAAGGCGCAGGCGGACAAGUGGCUACUCGAGCACUUUGACGGGAAAAUGCCGACGCCGCAGGAGCUCGAGGCCGAGUACUGGCGGCUCCUGAACUCGCCCAACCACAAGAUCGAAGUCGAGUACGGCAGCGAUGUUGACACAGGUGUCAACGGGUCGGGGUUCCCGGUUCUCGACAAGCUCAAGAAGCUCCGGUCGCGGCUCCACGAGCGCUGGAAGAAUGUGCAUUUGCACGCCAAAGAGCUCGACCCGAGCGACGUCGCACUCCAGGCCCUCCUCGUCGAAGGCCUCGCGAUGAAGAACGAGUCGGAUUUCGACGCGAUCAACCAGCUCGAGAUGUAUGCGAGAAGCCCUUGGAACCUCACCAACCUCCCGAAACUCAACGGGUCACUGCUCCAGUACCUCGACGAGGACAUCAAGGGCGUCAUGGUGCCCUGGCUCUACGUCGGCAUGGCCUUCUCGACGUUUUGCUGGCACGUGGAAGACCACAACUUUUACUCGAUCUCGUACCUGCACCGCGGCGCGCCCAAGACGUGGUACGGCGUGCCGGGCCACGCGGCCGGCAAGAUGGAGGCUGUCAUGCGCAAGCUGACGCCCGACCUCUUUGUGCACCAGCCGGACCUGCACCUGCAGCUCGUGACCAUGUUUUCGCCCGAGACGCUGCGCAAGCACGAUGUGCCCGUGUAUCGCGCGACGCACGAGCCUAACGAGUUUAUCGUGACGUUUCCGUCCUCGUACCACGGCGGCUUCAACAACGGCUUCAACCUCGCCGAGGCCGUCAACUUUGCGACGCCCGAUUGGCUGCCGUGGGGCCACCAAGCCGUCCAAAACUACAAACGCUUUGGCAAAGUGCCCGUCUUUUCUCACGACGCGCUUCUGUGCACGCUGACGCUGGCGGCGAUCGAGCACACCAAGACGAUGGAGUACCCGGGCUUUGUGUCGCAACUCCUCCCGAGUCUCAAGCAACUCUACCAAGAAGCGCUCGCGUUCGACACCGCGGGCAAGCGCCUGCCCAAGGCCGAAGACAUGACGGCAUACCUCGCGUCGCACGGCCGCGCGUCAUCGUCCACGCGCAACUCGGCGCGCAUGCGGGACUCCAAGGCCGACGACGACGGUGACGACAAAGGGCGCGCCGGCAAGAUGAUGGCGUCGGGCAAGAUGAUGGCGUCGGGCAAGAUGAUGGCGGGCGGCUCGCGCAUGUCGCGCAUGGUGCUCUGGGCCGGCCGCUCGGGCAAGAACGAAGGUCUCCGCUGCUCGAAGUGCGCGCAGUACUGCUACCUCCAGGCCGUCGUGUGCCUCCGUUGCCGCCACGUUGGGUGCGCCGACCACAUGGAAAACAUGUGCAAGUGCGACCCGAACCAAUUUGGGUGUUUUUUGUACCGGAUGCACCCGAGCCAGCUCUUGGAGUACAUCCAAGCGAUCGAGACGAAAGUGACCAACCUCACGAGCUGGGAAGUCCAGGCCAAGACGUUCUCGACCGUCAAGGGCCUCGAGGAAGUCGUGCGCAUUGGCGAGAACCUCGUCGCACAGGGUCUCUGGGUGCCCGAAGACGUCCUCGCGACGCUCCAAGCCACGUACAAGCUCUUUCUCGCGUGGCGCAACCGCGCGAGUCCACUCUUGGACAAGGCGCGGAAGCAGCCGACAACCACGAUGAAGGAGCUGCAGGCGCUCAUCAGCGAGGCCUCGGCCAUGGCUUUUGUCAUUCCCGAACUCGAGCGGCUCAAGGCGCUGCAGCAGGACGUCGAGGCCAAGCAGGUGGCCGCGCAAGGCAUCAUGCAGCAAAUCGUGUGCCUCAAAAUGCAACAAGGCCGACCGCUCGACGAAGUAGCGAACGACUGGACGACGCUUCUCAAGGACGAGGCCGCGCCGCUCUCGGCGCUGGUCGAGACGAUCCAAGCAGCGGUCGACUCGCUCAACUCGCUCGGCGUGCUCGUGCCCGAGCGCAGUCUGCUCAUGAGUGACCUCGCGUACGUCAACUGGCUCUUGGCCGCCAACACGCUCUUGAUGCGGUCGACGACCAAUGUGCACAACGUGCCGCCGCAGGACUGGACCGUCUUUGAGAUGUUCCCGUCGAUGCUCGACCUCAACGCGCUCUGGAGCUCGCCGGCGCGCAACCUCGUGCACCAGGGCUGGAAGCUUGACAAGCUCUCGGAGCUCCGCGCGCUCUGCGAGAGCGAGCGCCUCAAGCUCUCGCUGGAAGACAAGGUCCGCGCCGUCAUCUCGCUCGAGGAACUCGAGGACAUGGCGAAGCGGCUCAUCCAGCUGCCGGCUGUGCCGAUGGAGGCGGUCCAGCUCUUGCAGCGCCUCAAGGACGGCAAGCAGUGGGAAGCCAACGUGGCCACGCGCAUGGACGAGAAGAUUGCGCUCUCGGACGCGCUGGAGCUCGAAGCGCAGGCCGAAGCCGUCGGCAUUCCUGCGUCGUCGCUCUUGCGUCGACAGCUGCACAACCGCAUCCAGGACGCGCGGCGCUGGCACGUGCGGGCGUUUGGGCUCUUCAAGCACCCGGUGCCCGCCGACGCCGACGGUAUCUUUGUGCUGCAAAACGUCCUCGACGCGGCCGGCGCGCACCAAGAUGACUUGACGGCGCUCGUGUGCGUCUGCCAGCAAGUGUGCUCGAGCAAAGUGCCGCUCCUGCGCUGCUCGGGGUGUUCGCGGCAGUUCCACCACACCUGCGUCGGGGCGCCGUCGGACCGCCCGCCGACUGCGCCGUACCUCUGCCAAGAGUGCUGCCAAGCACGGCGCAAGACGUACAUGUACCGGGGCGGGCCGCCGGCGCCGCUCUACUGUCUCUGCCGCGAGCCGAUCGACAACGUCCCGAUGGUCUGCUGCGACUUUUGCGACGAGUGGUACCACGCCAAGUGCAUUGGCAUCUCGCCCACCGUCAUGAGCACGCUCGAGGCGUACCGCUGCAGCGCCUGCGCGCUCCGGCAGGGCCAAGUCGUGGGCCUCAUUGCGCGCGGCGAGUGCCUCUCGGUGGAGCUCCCCGCCCUCGACGACCUCCGCGCGCUCGUGCUCCGGGGCACCGAUCUCCACAACGCGAUUGUGAGCUUUGAGGCGCACUUUUUCAGCACGUUUUCGAUCCGGUCGAUUCUGCCGCGCCUGCCCGACGUCAUGGCUGCGCUCCAGACGCAGCUGGACGAGCUCCGCCGGUACGAAGCACUCGUGCAGCUCGAGGCCGCGCACAAGAAGUUGCGCGCGAUCCAGUGGUGCGUCCGCGCCUGCGAGCUCACGCUCGCCAACAAGUCGGCACCGCGGUAUUCGCAGCUGGUGAUCCUUCUGGGCGACGCCAAGCAAGACAAGCUCGAGUUUCCGAACGAAGAGAUGCGCCACUUUUACGGCGAGAUCGAAGCCAACGUCAACCGUGCGGUCGUCUGGGUCGAGAGCGUCAAGCAGCUGCACUUGAACCCCGCGGCGCAGACGUACGCGCACUUGGCGCAGCUCCGGUCGGCCGCCGAGGAGAUCUCGCAGUACCUCGUGCUGCCCGACACGGCGGUCACCAACUUUAACGUCGCGCUCAAGUACGACGGGCGCGAGUAG